GAUGGAAAGCACCUGAUUUACCAAGGGUUGUUCACACCCUGUCACUGAGUAUUGACUGACGGAGAAAAGACCUGUUUGAGCAGACUGCAAAGCUGAUUUGCAUUAUAGCUGAGAUUUAGAGCAUAUUGUUAGCGCUAAGUAUUUAUGGUACCAGAUUCAGGGUUGUAGCAAGAUAAUUGAUGCUGCUGUAAAGUAUUAUAACCAAUACAGUUUGGAGAACAGUUGACCUGAAUUUAAAGAAUCUAUAGCCUCAAUCAAAACUGAAUUUAAUAAAGUUAAGCAAGAUACUGAAAUGAAGAUUAAUGAUAAUGAUUUCCUGAAGUUUAAACAAAAUGAAGCUGAGCUCAACAAGAUAAGAGAAUCCAUCAAUAACAAUCCAUCAAUGAUGAAAGUUCUAAGUAUUUCCCACCAAAAGCUCAUCAGACAUAAAAUAAGUAAUUAUAAUGACCACAAGAAAGAACACAAAGAAUUAGAAGACGAGCAAAAGAUAGUAAAGGAAGAAAGUAAGAGUGAACUCAAAGACAACAAGGUUAAGGAUUUGGACCGAGAAGAUAAGAAUCCAGACAUGGCUGAGAAGAAGGCCUCCUCAAGUAGUCCGUCUAAAUCAAGCAAUUUAGUGCCAUCACAAAAAGUUGAUCCUUGAAAAGUGCCUCAAAAUUCUGUCUUUGGGAGUGAGUUUGAACUCAGGAUUAAUGAAAAUUGAGCAGCAGAAAAGAGAUCUUUCCUUGAUUUUGAAAUUGAUUGAAACAAAAACACUCAUAUUGAUUUAAUGAAGGGUUAUAUUAAGUCAAAAUCAAAAAUCUCUGAGAAGAAGACUUUCACUUUCUGGCCAGCAAAAGAUCAUCUUUCACUCUUAAAUGACUUUGUGGAGAACUGUCUCCCUUAUAGGUUAUGUGAGAAUCUUAUAAUAAAGAACAAAGCCUCAUCUCCAAAGAUAAGUUUGCCAGAAUUGUCAGCUGUUUUGGAGAAAUUACUUGAAACCUCUCCUAGAGCAUUACAGUUUGAAAAUCAUCCCUCCACUGCACGACCACCUCCCUCCACUUCAAACACUGUACCAAAUACAUAGGCGAAUUGGUCGGCUCUGUUCCUCUCACUUCAGAGCACUUGGA